UUAUUAUUAUUGGGUUAACUGAUGUCAAUCUUAGUCUUAUCUUGUUGUCCAUAUUUUGUAAAAUGACUGGCAUAACUUUAGUCUCGACACUUAAUACUUCAACAGCACCUCACGUAAUAAUUCCGAUUAAUACGACAGGUUUAAAUAAACAUCGCACUUUGGGGCUCGACAGCUGGAUGAAUGCGGUAUGCCGUGUGGCUUGUGGCCCAGAUCGCACGCCACAGAGUUCAGUUCUGACAGUCCAGACGUCGAGGAUCGCGAAGUGACAGGCGCCACUCGUCUCAGGUUCAUCACUUGAGGAUAUGCCAUUACGGAAGUACACACUGGCGCCAAGUAGCGACCAAAGACAAGAAGUGAAGUUUUGCACUCUUGACUUGCUCUCAAAGAAAUGUCGUCCCACUAAAAUGAGAACGCAGCCGUUGGGUUCCGAGGAACAGUGCACACACUGGGCGUAAAUGUGUUUCACAAUGAAAGAAGAAAAACGCAAUUGUAGGAAUAGUUCAGAAAGAACGGCUCAAAAAUCACUGGCAAUUUAAAAGAAUGAGCACGACGCUCUUUAUCUCAGAAACAGACGGCGAUGAAACCACGAUAUAAUAACUCAGGCAGUAUUUGUUAAUUCCAAAGAAUAUGGCUGACUUCCUCACAGAGCUGUGCCAUAGCAACCCGCUGGAUCCCUUACCUGUGUGGCAGAAUGGCACCAUUGGACCAUGCUUCAAUCAGCUUGUGUUAAAUGCUUUACCUCACACUCUUCUCGCAGUCUCAAGUGCUUGCUAUUUAGGCACCUCAAGGAGAGACGGUUUUCGAGUCACCCCAUCUUGUGGAUGGAGCUGUAGAGUAUGCGUGUCUUUCCUUCUGGCACUCCUCUUCAUUACUGAUAUUGGUGUAGUCACCUUCCUUCACAACCCUACGCUCUAUUUGGACAUUCUGGUCAAUGGUAUCGGUACACUUGCGUGGUUAAUUCACAGCAUAGCCUUGCUGUCUCUUCGGAAAUCUGCUUAUGGAACGACAAAAGGCCCAGCAACAUUACUGGUUCUGGCUCUUCUGCCUGUCAUCACUUUGGUCAUCACUUUAAUAUCUUUUUGCUUAGACAGCAACUAUAUAGACAUUGGUCAUCCACUUCUUUUGCUUCGCCUGGUACUUGUCUCAGUACAGCUGCUUUUACUUCUGAUCUAUUUAGUUGCAUUUCUGGUACCAUCUGCCAGACAACACCACUCCCAUUCGGUUAAUGAUUCAGAUUAUGCCCCGUUAUUACUGGAUGCUUGUUUAAGAGGACCAGAUGGGCAAAUUGUUGCAGAGGAUGGCAGUAGCUGGAUUUCAAAGCUUUUCUACUUGUGGCUGAAUCCUCUGAUGAAACAAGGUGAGCUCCAGGAACUGAACAGACCUUCUAAUGUUUACCUGCUCCCAAGGAGACUUCGUGUCAAAGCUGUCAGAAGUCACUUUGACAAUUGUUGGGAGAAAUGCAGACAGGAAAAAGCAGCUCUGGAGGAAUCCCUUGUGAACAACAGGAUAGAUGUCCUAGGCCGUGGACUUCAAAAUGGCCCAAGGGAGAGGGCUCGAGAGUACACUGAUGAAUAUCAAGAUGAAAAACAGGGUCACAAAGUGAUUGAUGAACCAGAAAUCAAACUGCUAUCAGUUCUGCACAAAGCAUUUGGCUUGAAGUACUAUAUGCUGGGGGUGAUCAAAUUGCUUGGAAGCAUGCUUGGAUUUGCAGGCCCACUGUUGUUAAAUGACUUGGUCAAUUUCAUGGAGUCAGGAACUGCUCCUGUUAGUCAUGGAGUGUGGUGUGCCAUUGGUCUCUUUGCCAGUUCAUUCUGUGGUGCCUUACUUCGAAACUAUUUUGUAUUUGAGGUGUCCAAGGUGGCUCUUUGUGCCCGAUCUGCUGUGAUUUCUGCCAUAUAUCGCAAGGCAUUGCGUGUCAGUAGUACUACUCUGGCACGUUUCACUUUGGGCGAAGUUGUUAACUUUAUGAGUACGGACACAGACCGCUUAGUGAACUUUUUCCAAAGUUUUCAUGAGGUCUGGAGUCUGCCGUUCCAGUUUGGAAUCACACUUUAUCUGCUGUACCUCCAGGUGGGCGUUGCCUUCCUUGGUGGGCUUGCCUUGGCACUACUAUUAGUCCCACUUAACAAGGUGAUUGCCAACAAAAUCAUGGAGAACAACAAACACAUGUUAAGGCACAAGGACACACGUGCGAAGCUGGUAACAGAGGUCUUAUUUGGCAUACGUGUGGUGAAAUUUUAUACCUGGGAAAAGCUGUUUUCUGAGAAAAUCUCUGCCUGCAGACAACUGGAAUUGGCCCAUUUGAAAACCAUCAAAUACCUGGAUGCUGUUUGUGUGUACACCUGGGCUGCCCUUCCAGUAGUCGUUUCAAUCCUCACUUUCAUUACCUACGUCCUACUGGGCCAUGAACUGACAGCUGCCAAGGUUUUUACUGCGUUGGCGCUAGUCGGCAUGUUGAUAUUGCCCCUGAAUAACUUCCCAUGGGUUUUGAAUGGAACCUUAGAGGCUAAAGUAUCCCUUGACCGAAUCCAACGUUUCCUCCAACUUUCAGAUCAAAACUUAAAUGCUUACUACAGCCUCACAAUUCCCGAUGACCCUCAUGCAGUGAUUGAGUUAAAACAGUCAACAUUUACAUGGUUUGUACCAAGAAGGAGAGACCUACAGGAGACCAUUGCAGAGGAUGAAAACCACCAGGGCAGUCUUCAGCUGUGCAAUUUGAACCUUACUGUAAAAAAGGGAACAUUUGUUGCUAUCAUUGGCAAGGUAGGCUGUGGAAAGAGCUCGUUGCUCUCUGCUAUCACUGGAGAACUAAACAGGUGUGAGGGUGUGGUAUAUGUACAGGGCAGAGAUCAGGGUUUUGGACUUGCUGUUCAGGAGCCAUGGAUUCAACAUGCUACUGUCCGUGAAAAUAUCCUAUUUGGUAAAGAAUACAACAGUCGAUUUUAUCAAGCAGUCAUUGAGGCCUGUGCACUGACAGAUGACCUCAAUAUACUGCCUCACAGGGACCAAACAGAAGUGGGAGAAAAUGGAGUCACCCUCAGUGGAGGGCAGAAAGCUCGACUGGCCCUUGCCAGAGCAGUGUACAUGGAAAAGGAAAUUUACCUUCUAGAUGAUCCAUUAGCUGCUGUUGACUGUGAUGUAGCUAAUUUCCUCCUGGAGAAGUGCAUUCUGGGAAUUCUAAAACACAAGACACGAAUUCUGUGUACACAUCGACUAGAGUUCUUAGACAAGGCUGAUGUUAUUGUUCUGAUGGAUGAUGGAAAGAUUGCUCAAAUAGGUACACCUUCUCAGAUUCUUCCUAUAAUAGAGGCCCUUCCAAAAACAAGAAAAAAUGACGAGAACAUGAAGGAGAAAGACAAUACUGAGAAUGACCAAGAGAAAGAUAGUUCCCUAGACCAAGAUAUCACUGUGUCUGCCUGUAUUGGGGACGAGCAGAAGCAGAUGGGUGCUGUGGCACUGAGGGUUUAUAAGGCUUACUGGCUGGCUGUAGGCAGUUGUCUGGCAUUGUUCAUCCUCCUUUCACUUCUUCUUAUGCAAGCCUCAAGAAAUAUCUCAGACUGGUGGCUCUCCAAUUGGAUUGCCAGUUUAAACCAUAAAAGCAACAUCUCAUCUGAAGUCUUGCAAGUCAAACUUUCACCCCGUUUACUCCUAUUCUGUCCUGGUGGCCUACUGUACCCUGUUACAGUUCCUGAGGAGAACACUACAUUGCACACUAACACUUCAGAUGUAAAAUUCUACCUAAUUGUCUAUGGUUCUAUUGCUGCAGCCAAUUCUGUCUUCACAGUUAUUCGAGCAUUCUCCUUUGCCUAUGGAGCCAUUUGUGCUGCAACCAUCAUUCAUGACAGACUACUGAGCAGGGUGUUGAAGGCCACCAUGACUUUCUUUGACACCACCCCCUUGGGCCGCAUUGUCAAUCGUUUUUCAUCUGACCUGUAUUGUGUAGAUGACUCCCUGCCAUUCAUACUGAACAUACUUCUGGCGAAUGUCUUUGGGCUACUGGGAAUGCUGAUAGUAAUAAGCUAUGGGCUGCCCUGGAUUCUGCUAGUGCUGUUUCCUCUUGGCAUCAUUUACUUCUACAUCCAGAGAUACUACCGGCAAACCUCCAGGGAACUGAAACGGUUGUAUAGCCUCACCCUGUCACCAAUUUACACACAGUUUUCUGAAACUCUUACUGGGCUCACUACAAUUCGAGCAAGCCGUGCGGCACCCAGGUUUGAGCAGGAAAAUGAGAAUCGUCUGGAAGCCAACCAGCGCUGUCUGUUUGCAAGUAAUGCAGCCAUGCAGUGGUUGGAUAUUCGGUUGCAGAUGUUGGGUGUUGCUGUAGUUACUGCAAUUUCUGUGAUUGCAGUUAUACAACAUCAGAAGAAAUCCGUAGAUCCAGCUCUGGUAGGCCUGGCUCUAUCAUAUGCCUUAUCUGUCACAAACCUACUCUCUGGGCUUAUAUCCAGCUUCACUCAGACAGAGACUCAGAUGGUGAGUGUGGAGCGGACAGAAGAGUAUUCUACUGAUAUUCCCACUGAGCCACAAGAAGCUACCCUAAAGGCAGUUCCCAUGUGGCCUAGGCAGGGACAAAUUGAGUUCCAUGGAGCAGUUUUAAUAUAUCGACCUGGCUUACCUAAUGCCUUAGACGGAGUGGAUCUGGUCAUUCAUUCUGGAACAAAGGUUGGAAUUGUGGGUAGAACUGGUUCUGGGAAAUCUUCAAUGUUCCUGGCACUGUUUCGCAUGGUAGAGCUGAGCGGAGGAGAAAUUCUUAUUGAUGACAUAAACAUUGGCCUCAUCAACCUGGAAGUUCUGCGGUCAAAGCUUGCAAUCAUUCCACAAGAUCCUUUCCUGUUUAGUGGAACCAUUCGGGAAAACCUGGACCCAUGGGGUCAUCAUUCUGAUGCCGAGCUAUUCAGUGUACUUGAACAAUGCCAUCUAAUAAAUGUCGUUACAAGAAUGGGUGGGCUUUGUGCAGAAGUGGGAGAGAGAGGAAAGACUCUGUCUGUUGGGCAACGACAGUUGGUAUGCUUGGCUCGAGCAUUGCUGACACAAGCUAAGAUUUUAUGCAUUGAUGAAGCCACAGCCAGUGUGGACCAGAAAACAGACAAAAUUCUUCAGAAUACCAUACGGGAGAAAUUCAAAGAGAAAACAGUUCUUACAAUUGCUCACAGGCUUAACACUAUUAUGGAUUAUGAUAAGGUUCUAGUGAUGCAUUUGGGGAAAGUGGUGGAAUUUGAUUCUCCGGCAGCCCUAUGCCAAGAAGAGACUUCCUUUUUUUAUAAACUUGUUCACAGCAAGACAGGGUAAGAUCAAGCCACGGAGUUCAAGAGAGCUAGAAGUUGGCACUCAAAUGCUGAAUAUUCAUAGCAAACUAACCAGUGUUUUAAAAAUGUUAAAGCUGGAUGUUCUUGUACUGAAAAUCUUUCAACUAUGUACUACAUGCCUCAUCAUGUAAUAUUACAAAUCUGAUAUCAGAGGAUUUGGUGUGUGAACAGGUGUCAUGCUAUCCAUUGUUAAUUGCGUCACUUUUCAGCAGUAAGAAGAAGAAGAAGCAUGUACAUUGUAAUAAUCUACGUUUUGCCAAAGUUCUUCAUUAUUUUCUUUAUAUUUUCAUUUAUUAUUUAGUAAUAAAUUAUUUCGCUGUGCUGUAGAGCCAGUAUGGGGGUUUAUAGACUUGCAGGUUAGAUAUUUCAGUUUUUCCAGUUGUAUGUGCACAAUACUGUAUAUCCUUAGUGUUUAUUUACAGUAUAUGAUGCAUUUUUGCAUGAAGUGUAACUAAUUAAUAAUUCUUGAGGUAAGCAUUCAGAAUUAGAAUUACAAAUGGAAUGCUCUAGAAGAUUAACAAAAGGGUAUCAAUUUAAAUCAUUGACUUUGAGGCACGUGACAGAUGUCUUCAACAUCUCUCUACUAUAAUAAAAAAAUCUUGGGAUGAGACAUGACUUUUGGAAGAGACUUUUUGGAAGGAAGUCCCGUAAGACGGAGACUUUUACCAUGAGAUUCUUUUAAGUUACGACAUACUUACAACCUUUGGAAGCAAGUAACACGAGAUGAAGACUUUUGCAAUGAGAUUCUUUCAAGACACGCCCUACUUACAACUAUUUUCAAACAAGACCAUGGUCAUCAGGUGCAUUCUGGCACUUAACCUGGACAGACACCAAUCCAUUAAAGGGCUUACUUAUGAACACACACACACACUUACGAAGAUCUAGUUUAGAAUCACCCAUUCAUCUAAAUAUGGCAGUGAGAAACGAUGCAGUCAAACAAAUUAACGUGAAAAUUGUUGAUCGGUUACAUGGCAAAUUGAUUAAAUGUGUAUCAAUAGACAACGCUGAAGUAGUUGGUGGUGAUUGUGUGGAAUGUUAUUGCGUAAUUUAUGUAUGAGUGAUGAACUAUGCAAUAGAACAAGAUUAGUUGUAUUAAAAAUUGGUUGAACAAUUCUAACAUGUAAAAUUUUAACAGGUGACAAGAAAGGUAAUGUACAGUACAUAGUACAUAUUCCACGAGUAACAUGAGACACAAAAGGAGAUCUUGAUAUGCCAUUCGUAUUAAAACGUUUACAGUUUCCUGUUAGAAUAACUUUUGUUAUGACAAUUAACAAAUCACAGGGACAAACAUUCGAAAAAGUCAGUUUAUUUAUUAGAGAGAAAGAAACGAUAUUCAGUCACGGGCAAGUUAUACGUUGCGAUGUCACAAUAUAAAUCCAAACACGGAAUCAAAAUUCAAUGCAAUCUUGAAGAAAAGUUCAUUCCAAACAUUGCUUUAACUGAAGUUUUACAGUAAAAGUGAAAAUAAUACAUAUGUAACAAUUCCCAUGAAAAUAACAAUCUCUUUAAAUUGUAUAUCCAGUAAACCAAACCUGGGAGUUGGCAAGCGAAACGAGCAGGGGGCGGGAGCCCCCUAGUUUAUUAAAAAAGUAAAAAAAAUCUCAGCUUGCAAGAUGACAUGUAUGAAGCAUUUGCCCUUGUGUGAGCACUCUUCUAUAAUCCAGUUAUGAGACACUCUUGGAAAUAAAGUGAAGGAUUUUAGGAAAUUUAAAGGGGUGGACAAAUUUGUGGAAAAAAUGCAAAAUGACACAACGUGGCAUAUGAUACAAAAAAGAUGACAAUUUAAGCACUUCAGGAGCAGUAAGUAGAUUCUUAAGACUAAAAAAAAGCACAUGGUGUUCAUAAUUUAAGCAUAUUAAGGGAGUUUUAACUAAAUGGUCAGUUAAAGGGCCUAAAUUAUUAAACUAUGUACAAAAAAAAGUUGUUAAAUUUUUGAAAGAUGUAAAUGUGAUUAACCCUGUAAGGGGUUUUCUGUGAAUUUAAAUGAGAGCUACAUAAUGAGUAACUUAAUGAAGUUGUUACUGAUUUAGCCCUGCUGAAUCUUUUGCAGAAAUAGUUGGUCAACCAUUAGACACACACAUACAUAUGUACACAUCAUUUAGGUAUAUCUAUAUCUCUCUAUAUAGACAUCUCUCUCUCUAUCUCAUCUAUCAAUAUAUAUGAUGUACAGCUUAAUAGGUGCAGGCUUUUUUCCUCUCAUCCCUGAGGCAGACAUGCCGUUUUUCAUUAAGUUGUUCUUAUUGUUCAUUACCUACCAUACAAAGCUUCAUAGUCUGGGUGGACAAACGCUAAACGUAAGUUUUACUCCAUUACUGAACCUGCUUACUCAAAUACAUGGUCUUGGUAGGGACUGAGCCCAGUAACAUAUGUUGCAGGGAAGGAGCCAGGAAUGGUUAAAGCACCUGGCCAUCCCAGGGUAAAUUGAUAUAUGCAUCCAUACACAUUCACACACACGCUUUUUAUACUGAACAGUUCAUCCAACAUUCAUGUUUUUGGCAUGUAGAAAGAAAACCGAGGUACUCUGAAAGAAGAUCUUGCAGAUUAAGAGUGAUUAAGCCAAAGCUUUGUAGGCGUGACGCAGUAUUAUACAAACCACGUGCAGCGAGUAAUGAGCUAUGUUUAGACCUUCAGAGUUGAUGUGUUUUUUGCUUCUAUUACUAAAAUUGCAUAAUUUAAUAUCUUACGUUGGAUAGACUUGAUAGCUAUUUGGUCGGAGAGGGUGCUAAUAAAAGCAUAGUGAAUUAUACAGUAAGUAGCAUAUUAUUUUGCUGACAGGAGACGUUCCAUUGCUUGCUUAAGUAGCAGAAAUGCUAUUUAGUAUUUAUCCAUAAUUUCUUUAAUCUGUACCAAUUUGUUUAAUGAUAAACUGACAGUAAGAUAAAGUAGAAUAUUAUUAAUGAACUUGUUUUUAUUUAUUUAUGUUUUAAAGUGGACCACUCUAGCAACUGAUAUUGAUCAUAUUGUAUAUCCAGUUUCCUCUUGAAACUUCCAAAGCACUUUGAGGAAGUGUCCUCUCACAAAAGACACUAUAAAAAUUUUUCAUCACCUUUUGCUGUGUACUGUAAAACAUCAAGAUUGUUUUUGGUUUAUUUAUGGAUUUAAUGUGAUGAAGUUGAAUGCUUUUUUUAUUGGCUUGAAAGAAAUAUCAACCUUAAAAAAUUCAUCUGUACUACAGUAUACUAUUUAUUUUAAUACUGACCUUUACAGAAACUGUAUUUUUUAUCACAAGUCUUGAUACCUUUUGAAAAGUGUAUUAUCAAAUGUAAUCUGAAAUGUUUACAACAGGGCAAGAACAGUAAACUUUAGAGCUCUGACUAUUGAAAUAGAUUUUUUUAUUUAUAACAUUUGUGUUAUAUGAGAUGUCCUGUCUAACUAGAAGUACAUCAUAUUUAUGUGACAUUAUUAUGGAUUUCUUUGUGUUAUUUUUCAAUUUUUGUUGUAUCAGAAUUUCUUUCUUGAUCAAAAAUUAAAACCGACUGUAACAUUUACCUCAGA